GACGACGUUCAAGUAAACUUCCCUCGGAUUCAGGCACAGAUCGCCAUCUUUGAAGACGGCUAGUCGGAACCUUUUUAUCCUUUGUUCGCAUUUUUAACAUAACAUACACUAUCGAAUCUCAUUAUUUGAAACGUCAGAUGCGCCAGUCGAAGCGAAUGCGCUCCCCAGGUGUCUGGCUUGAUGAGUAUAGCUGGGAGGAGAGAAUGGAGUGUCGUAAGCGAAAGAAACAGUUUUCACAUAGCAGUGAAAGAGAAAACAAGUCAAGAAGAACUCAACUUCACCACCGGACCUAUGACGGGCAUUACUUGGAGACCCGCAGUCUGAACCGUAGGCUGGAUUCUUGGGAAAGACCCACACGGGACCCCAGUUUUGGCAUGGCCUGUGAGGAGGACAGUCGUGAAGGGACCUACAGGGACAGAGAGCGUGACUGGCACCACUACAGCAAGUCGUCCGGGCGCAGCGGUCGCAGCAGGCGAAGCAGCCGCCGGCACCGAGGGCGCAGGCGGAGCCCCUCUCGCCCCAGGUCCUCCACGAGGAGGAGCCAACAGCGCAGGAGCAGGAAAAGAUCCAGGAGUGUUGAGGAUGAUGACGAGGGUCACCUCAUCUAUCACAGUGGAGACAUGCUGAGAGCGAGAUAUGAGAUUGUGUGUACUCUAGGAGAAGGGGCCUUUGGGAAGGUCGUUGAAUGCAUUGAUCACUCUAAUGAUGGAGCUCGAUUGGCUCUGAAGAUCAUUAAAAGCAUAGACCGCUACCGUGAGGCAGCUAUGGCUGAGGUAGAGGUGCUUGAACAGUUGAAGUCCCUCGACUUGGAUAAGAGAUCUGCUUGCGUACACAUACUGGAGUGGUUUGACUACCACGGCCACAUUUGUAUUGCCUUUGAGCUGCUCGGCCUCAGCACCUACGAUUACCUCAAGGAGAACAAUUUCCAGCCGUUCCCCAUUGAACACAUCAGGCCCAUGGCGUACCAGAUCAUCAGAGCUGUGCGAUUUCUGCAUAAAAACAAGCUGACUCACACUGACCUGAAGCCUGAGAAUAUUCUCUUCAUUGAUUCGGGAUAUAAUAUGCAGUACAACCCUGACCUGAAACGGGAUGAACGGACGUUGAGGAACCCAGAUGUGAAGCUUGUGGACUUUGGUAACGCCACAUAUGAGCACGAGCACCACACCUCUGUGGUGUCCACACGUCACUACCGGGCUCCUGAAGUCAUUCUAGAUCUGGGCUGGGGCCAUGCCUGUGAUGUCUGGAGUGUGGGCUGCAUUCUCAUUGAGUACUACCUUGGAAAUACUCUCUUCCAGACUCAUGACAGUAAAGAGCACCUUGCUAUGAUGGAGCGAGUCCUGGGCCCCAUCCCAAUGAAACUCAUGCAGAAAACAAAGAAGCGGCGGUAUAUCCAUCGGUGCAAGCUUGACUGGGAUCCAGAGAGCUCUUCUGGGAGAUAUGUCAAGAAACACUGCAAACCCCUCAAGAAUUACAUGCUGUCUAAGGGCGAGGACCACCACCAGCUGUUCGACCUGGUAGAGAAGAUGUUGGAGUACGACCCAGCGACGCGCCUCAGUCUGGAGCAGGCCCUGCGACACCCCUUCUUCUCCUGCUACCGCAAGAGUAGCCGCAGAAGCACCAGCAGCAGCAAAAAAGACUGAAGCUGUGACCUUGGUCAGGGCCUGGCUGUCACCAUGACGAUUCUCAUGGUGACAGCGCAGCCUCUACUUCCUGCCUCUCCAGGAGAGGUGUGGCCUCGCUGACUGUAUCAGUCCUCUGCCCUGCUCCGCUGUGUCCUCUCCUACGCCGGUGUGUUCUUACUCAAUCAAACUCAUCAACCAGCUCUGUUAUCUUCUGUGGCAAUUUCUGAUGUAAGGAAUUCCCAAAUUGAUUUAUAUUUAUUUGCUAAUUUAAUUCUGGUAAAAGCCCUUUUUUAUUCAAGUCCAAUUGUGUACAUUGCAUUGUGAAGUGAGUGAUGGGGAAUGUACCAGAAUGAGAUUAGGGUUACCCAGCAUCAGUCUUGCCAGUAGUAAUUUAUUCAGCACUAUGGAUGUAAAAAAAGCUAUUGCGGGCAGAAAAUCCUUGUACAUACAAUUUGUUAUUGAUAUUUCUUUUUUUUUCACUGACUUUUGCAGUAUUGUGUACAUUUUUCUCAAUAAACGUGAAUAGAUUAUA